AGUGGGGCGGGGGACAGGAUGCAGACGGGGGUGGUUUUCCUGUGUACGAACCCGCCACUGCCCGCGCACUCCGGGUGGCUCUUUCCCUCCCAGGCCGGAGACUGGAAUGUGGCUGCCCAAGGCGCGCAAAUCCCCCUUCGGAUCGCUGGGUUGGGGUGCAUCGUAGGUAGUGGAAGUCUGGAAAGUACUGUGGAUCCAGAGAUUUGUACAGAAGUUUUUGCGAGAAGGUUUUGAAGAAAACAAGGCUUAGAGCCCAAAUCAAACAUCUAGACACCGGACAAGUGGUUACAGGAUUGUCCUGCAGGAGAAGCAUUUGGGAUAGGCCUCUCUCAUUAAGAAGGCUUCUGAACCAGACCGCUAGCUGUGAGUGAGUCCACGGAGAGAUACAUCAAAGCAGGGGCAACUUCUUUUCCCACAAAACAGUGUUCUGAGGAACAGCAGCCAUGGGGGAGAAGUCUCACACAUGCCCAUACUGCGGGAAAGGCUUCCGGCGCAGCUCACACCUGACACGGCACCUUGCCACCCAUUCUGGGCUCCAGCGCCCCCUAGGGGGGAAACGCCUCGGGCAGCAGGUACCAGAGGAAGAUCGCCCAUACACCUGCAACUAUUGUGGGAAGUCAUUUGCCAAAAGCGCCCACUUGGCCCGGCACCAGGAGACCCAUUCGGGAGAGAGGCCAUACAAGUGCAGCUACUGUGGGAAGGCCUUUGGGCGCAACUCGCAUCUGACCCGCCAUCACAGCACGCACACCGGCGAGCGCCCAUAUGAGUGUGGGGUCUGUGGAAAGGCAUUCACCCGCAGCGCUCAUGUCACCCGCCACCAGGGCACGCACACUGGAGAGCGGCCUUUCCGCUGCACUCGCUGUGGCAAACGUUUCACCCGCAGUGCUCACCUCCAGCGUCACCAGGGCAUCCAUAGUGGAGAUAAACCUUUCAACUGUGGCGACUGCGGGAAAGGGUUCACACGCAACGCCCACCUUGAGCGCCACCGGGCCACUCAUUCAGGCGAGAAGCCCUUCAAAUGUGCCAGCUGUGGGAAAGGGUUUGGGGCUGCCUCCCACCUUGUACGGCACCAGAGAACCCACAAGGUGUAGCUGGCUGGGACUUCUCCUGGAUCCAUCCAAACCUGGAUUUAGAAAUGGCCAAUCUUGUAGGCUUGGAUGGACUUUGGUCUUGAUAAUGGGUCUUUUCCACCUGUUUUCUCCGUUCCAAAAUACCCAAGUCUUCAACUGCUUUGAUUUGAGUCGGAAAUGAACAUAACAGAUUCGGUGGUGUUUAUAUAGGUCUUCCGAGACUCAAGAAUGAUGUGAACUUCUCCCAAAAAAGAUUUUGUUUUAUAUAUUGGACCUGCAAACUGUUCACAAAGGAAGGAGAGGAAUCAAAUCAGCUGGACACCAUAUUGCCCCUUCCCUUUUUUCCUCCAGUGCCUCAAAUGAAGGCCAUUUCUUAAUUCCAGGUUGUUGAUUUAAAAAAAAAAUCAAAACCACAUCCAUCAGUAUAAGAAAUGCGUGGAAAAUGAAUUCAGCAUCUGCGAAAAUGACUGGAAAUCGCCAAUGAUGUGUAGUUAUGUUAACACAGUCCCUGGAGGAGAAUGAUAUUUUCUGGCGGCUGACCUGGACUGAGUAAUCCUAUUUUUUCUCCCUUUCUCCUCCAGUCUUACCCUUGAGUUUCAGCUUCAACCCCUGUGACUAAGUAAAUAUCGGUAAUCGCACCUUUCAGCCUACAGUGUCUAAGAGAACACUGCUGGAGCAUAGGAGUGUUAUGUGUGUCUCUUGAGCAUUUUAGCAGGAAAAAAGGCUGCCUGAUUUCUUGAGAGGCCAACUCUCAGAAUUUGGUCAGUCUCUUUCUUGACUCUUCUAGGGUGUAACCUACUUUACACUCCUGCUCUCUGGCCUUUAGGUUAGCCUCAACAACAAUCUUUUGGCACAUUGAUCACUUUCCAGGUGGGAAAACGAGGUGGAGAUAAUGAUUUUCUCCAGAUCAGCCACUGCAUUAUGCUAAACAGAAAUUUCAUGCCAAUCCUGCUGGAGCGCUCAAGCUCUUGGGUGGCAUAUGGUGUAUUUCAUAUCUCAGACUUUUCCAGUGACUUUUAUCUUGCUUUCUCUUAUCAGUGGCUGUUGUAGUUAUACUGAUAGUGCUUUGCAGCAUAACUCUAAUGUUGUCUAGGACAAGCAGAAUUAGAUUGCUUAUUAGUUGAUUUUUUUGGGAAGUUUUUUUUUAAAUAGUCUUUUCUGUAUUUUGAAACAGGGAUGGGAUGAGGCGGAUAAAAUAGAUAAAGAAUAUUGCCAUCUGUCUCAAAACAAGCUACUAGCUCAGUGGCUUGUUUUCCCGUACAGAAAAAAAGGAUGGAGACAAGUGGGGGAACCUCUGAUGUAAAUGGACAAACAUCUGGCUGCCGUGCAUUGCACUGGCAGAGCAGCAGCAAGAGUCUUCUAACUGGAGUCCCCACAAUGUUCUUGUCACUCUCACACGCGCCUCAAGGCAACAGUAUCUCACUUGGCUUGCUUCUGAGAUCCUGUCACAACGAUCUUUCCCAACAGCCCUGUUACUUGUGGGUGUAACUGAUUGGAUCUGUGUGAGGGAAUGAGACUUUUGCAAAGUGCCAACGACCCAGAAGGGCCUGUCAGGUUUCUGUGUGGGUCAACUGCCAUGCUGCUGACUGGAUAUUGUACAUGUGGUUUGGGCUCCUUGAAAUUAGGGAGAUGCCACCAAGAAACAAAUAGGAGAUGAAAGGCAUGGCCAAAAUCUGACUGCAGCUCACAAACCUUCCACUGGUUAUACUGAAUAGGAAGUACUUUGAAACAGUUACCAAUUUACCAAAUAACCGUUUUAAUUUUUUUUUAAACUAACCAUAAAUACCUAACCCAAAGGGAACCUCCGGUGAUAUUCAGCCAGCCAUUCAAUCUUUUCUUCUACAUGUUUUUCUUCACCUGUAUGGAUUUCUGCAAAAUGGAAGAACAUGUCUUCUCCACAUCCAUAUUUUUGGCUAGCGGAAGAAAAAUCAUAGCCUUGGAGAAAAGAAUACCAAGAAUGACUGGUCAAACUGCACAUGCUUCAUGGUCUUGCAUAAUCACGUGUUUUCUUUCUCUGUGUGAUAUUAUGCCAGCAGAGACAGCAGCAAUAUGAGCUUGCCUCUUAUGAACUGAAAACCACACCAAGACUGCCAUUUUUUCUCUCUCUACAGUUGUUAGAACAAUGAGGAAGUGCUGAGACUGUGAAUUCUAAUCCUGUCUGUGCAGUAUUCUUUGUAGUAAAGACUGUGAUUGUUG